AUGCAAUUUCGAGAAUUUGAAGGCAGUCAUAUUGGCCACCCUACGGGCCCUUGCCUUGUUGGAAGGAUGAUGCCUCCACAACAACAGCAGGAUGUACUUCAUCCCUGCCUUGUUGAGAAUUUUGGGAGUCCUUUGGACGUACCCAUACCUCUUGUUGAAGUCAUCCACAGAAGGAUUCCUUGUGCCCUCGAAUUUCAGCUUGAAGUAACGAGCAUGAAGGUCAUGAACAUCACCCAGGGCAUCAUUGAUAAUGCCAGCUGUCCCAACCUGCUGAUUGAUCCAUUUGAGGUUGACCAGGAAUUUGAACCCAUUCACUGUAUUCAGGAAUGGGAGUAUGAAGUUGUCCCAUCACCAUUGACGAUGGCCUAUUUUGGUGGUGAUGAGCCAUCUCUGGCCACUAAUGGUAACUCCAUGUAUGAAGUCGUUGGCAUGGAAGGAACCUGGGAUGGCAAUGGAUACUUGAGGAUGGGCCAGUUUGACUGGUCCAGGGUGUGGAUGAGGGUUGUUGUCUACACAAUGCACCCUCUCAAUGGGGGCAUUCUGGUGAGUUGCACUUUCGUUGGAGGAAAUCCCGGUGUAACAAGACCUCCUGCAACUUGCUGGUAA